AAUUGCAAGACCGAAAUGGCCGGACACUCAUAUCGUGGGCAUAAGAUUUCCCACCCUGUCUCCGUCCCCACCGUUCUCCAUUCUCCAUUCUUCAACAACAACCGACCACGAUUCGUUUUCUCAAUUCGCAAUUCGCAAUUCCUGGCAAGUGGGACACAAUCGGCGUCGGAGGCAGAUGAGAUGAAGUUGUUGAGUGGAACAGACGGUGCAGGCUGUGGUGGUGGGGGGAAGACGGUGGUGGUGGGAGUGAAGUUAGACUCACACAGCAAGGAACUGCUGACGUGGGCACUCGUUAAAGUGGCGGAGACUGGUGACAAUGUCGUUGCCAUUCAUGUUCUUGAGGACCACCUUCUCGCCACCUCUGAGGGGACUUCGUCAUUGCUCUCACUCGUGAAGACAUUCGACUCUGUGCUCUCUGCCUAUGAAGGUUUCUGCAACUUGAAGCAGGUUGAUCUGAAGCUUAAGGUCUGUAGAGGCGAUUCGGUCCGAAAGCUGCUCGUUCGGGAAGCAAAAGCAUUUCAUGCGGCUACUACCAUUGUUGGAACAUCUAAAACCCACCACAGAAUUGGAUCAUCAUCGACUUCCGUUGCCAAGUACUGUGCGAGAAAAUUGUCUAAAAAUUUCUCUGUUUUUGCUGUUGAUAAUGGAAAAAUUGUGUUCAAGAGGGUCGGAACUGAUAGGACUGCAGAUCAAUUUCAAGGUAAUGGUCAGAACCGGAGCUAUGUUCAUACUAGCUUGGUUGGUGAGUCGCUGAGCAAGGAUGCAAAAGCACCUAAUGAUUCUGAACUAAAUCAAUGUCGACAUUUCGUAAGAAAAUCCUGUUCCAGGUGUGGAAAGAAAACCCUUCAGAUAAAUUGUGAGACUUGUGUUGGAGAUCCAGUUUUGCUGGACAAUUCUGGGACUAAAUUGGCAGAUGAGUUGCCAGCGGAAGGUGUUGAAGACAAUUCAUUGGCUUUGGUACCAAUCCAAAGACUAGACAUCGCUUCAAACUCUUUCAAGCUUCAAGAUUCACAGUGUUUGAAACCUGGUUGGUCGCUUAUACGUCAGGCCUUUUUGCCAAAGCGGCAACACGUGGAGAAAUCUGGGAAAAAGACAUCUGUUUUUCGAUGGGUCCUGAGACCAUUGAGCUGGCAUACUUCAUCUGUAAUCUAUCCUGAUCAGAAACAGAAUAAUUCUUGCCAUGGUGAAGAUUCUUCUUCCGUGCUGGAUGGAAUAAGUGGAGCAAUUGUGCCGUUUGAGCCGGAUGCAAUCUACUCUCCUCUAUUCCCUAACCAUGGCAAUGACCCCCUUCCUGAAGAAUUUGUGGAUUCAUGUAAGAAAUUAUCAUCCAGUUGUAGAUUGUUUAGCUACGAGGAGCUUUUGUCAGCAACAUCCAACUUCAUUCCUGAGAACAUGGUUGGUAAAGGUGGCAGUAGUUAUGUUUAUAGAGGGUGUCCUUUAGAUGGAAAGGAGUGGGCAGUGAAAAUCCUGAAGCCAUCUGGAGAUAUAUUAAAAGAGUUUGUUCAUGAGAUUGAGAUAAUCAAAUCUUUAAACCACAAGAACAUAAUCUCCCUAGUUGGAUUUUGUUUCGAGGAGAACCAUUUACUUUUAGUCUAUGAUUUUAUUUCAAGAGGAAGCUUAGAAGAGAACCUCCAUGGUAAUAAGAAGGAUGCAAAUGCAUUUGGUUGGAAGCAGAGAUAUAAUGUGGCGAUAGGUGUCGCGGAGGCACUUGAUUAUCUACACAAUGGUUGUGAAGAACCUGUAAUUCACAGGGAUGUGAAGUCUUCCAAUAUCCUUCUUUCUGAUGAUUUCGAGCCGCAGCUCUCAGAUUUUGGACUUGCUUGUUCGGCAUCAGUGUCAACCGAUAUUAGCUGCACAGAUGUGGCAGGAACAUUUGGUUACUUGGCUCCAGAAUACUUCAUGCAUGGCAAAGUGAGUGAUAAAAUUGAUGUCUAUGCAUUUGGAGUCGUAGUCCUUGAGAUUCUUUCUGGGAGAAAACCAAUCUUCAGUAAGGACCCAAAGGGCCAGGAAAGUCUGGUGAUGUGGGCAAAGCCAAUUUUGAAGAGCGGGAACGUCGCACAACUGCUAGAUCCAAGCCUGGGUAUUGCCUAUGAUCAUGAUCAAAUUGAGAGAAUGAUUUUGGCUGCUAACCUUUGUAUUAGACAUGCACCUGGCCUUCGGCCUAAUAUCAGCGUAGUUUUGAAGCUUCUGCAAGGAGAUGAAGAAGUGACAAGGUGGGCAAGACAAGUGAGUGUAUCAGAAGAUGAAGCCGUGGAUGGAGAAGCACCUUCUUGUAGCAUUCAAUCCCAUCUUAACCUUGCACUGCGAGAUUUGGAAGAUGAUUCCGUUUCUGUUAGCAGUGGCGAGCAAAGCAUCGCUUUAGAGGAUUACUUGCAAGGCAGAUGGAGCCGCUCAUCAAGCUUUAACUAGUCACGUUUUUGGACACGCAUUGUACCGUAUCAGUAGGUUCUGUUGUAAAUUCCUUUUGUGAUUGUCCAUCCAAAGUCAGUGCCUGCUGGUUGAGUCACUUGAACUAGGUCCUGGAAGAGAGGUUGUUUGCAAGAUUCGAGUCCUGACUUCCUCCUUGACCUAGUAGUUGUUGUAUGGCAGUCUGACCGCCCCUCGAGUCCUCUGAGUCUCUCUGUUAUACUUGUCGAGGCGAAUGACGAGAGAAAAUAUGGCAGGAGACUCAGAAUAACGCAUAAUAACCGCAGUUUUCCAUAUGGUGUAUAUAAACUUUGGAACUUUAUGAACUUUUCCUCACACUA